ACUACUAAUCAAGGCAAUAACGCAUGGGGAGCAACCAAAGAGACUCCUAAUCAAGGCAAUAACGCAUGGGGAGCAACCAAAGAGACUCCUAAUCAAGGCAAUAACGCAUGGGGAGCAUCUAAAGAGACUUUUAAUCAAGGCAAUAACGCGUGGGGGGCAUCCAAAGAGACUACUAAUCAAGGCAAUAACGCAUGGGGAGCAACCAAAGAGACUCCUAAUCAGGGCAAUAACGCAUGGGGAGCAACCAAAGAGACUCCUAAUCAAGGCAAUAACAAUAACGUUUGGGAUACAUCUAAAUCAAAUAACGAUGCAUGGGGGACUCAGAAAGAGGGAUCUAAUAAGACGUGGGGUACAUCGGAAGAAAUGCCUAAACCAAGUAAUGAUACUUGGGUUCCAAAGCAAUCAAAUGGCAUGUGGGGUAGUGGUGGCAAAACAUGUCAUAAAUGUGGGCAAGAAGGGCAUUUUGCUCGUGACUGCAGUAGCGGAGGUGAUGGUUUUGGUGGUAGCAAGACAUGCCGUAAAUGUGGGCAAGAAGGGCAUUUUGCCCGUGACUGUAGUAGCGGAGGUGGUGGAAGUGGUUGCAAUAAACCAGGUCAUAUUUCUAAGGAUUGUACAGAAGAAUCAUUCGAAGGAGGACGUGGUGGCCAGAAUUGCUACAAGUGCAAUAAACCUGGACAUCGCGCGUUUGAAUGUACCGAAGAGGGUGGAUCACUUAACUGUUUCAUAUGUGGGUCAUCUGAACAUAUUUCUAAUAAGUGCCCUUCUAAAGUUCGAAAGGCCAACACUCCAUGGGAAAACCCUAAACCAGCUAGUAUGUCGCCUGAAGAGGCUUGGGAGAAACUUCUUCAGGCAGAUAAAGAAAGAGACGUUGAUGAUUUUAAAGAAGCAUUCGAAGAAUAUGCUAAAGCUACCCCUGAAGAAACUUUUCAAUCAAUAGAGAAAAAACUUCGUGCUGCAAACUGCACAGGCAGAAUCAUAGCAUUAGAGCGGGAAGGCAUUCCGUUAACAAAGUGUCUGAUUGAUUUACAAGGAAACGUUGGAAAAAGAUAUGCCGUUACAAUUAUUAUGGGGUCUCCAGAUAGACUUCCUCGUACUGCUGGAUCUCGUGCAAGGAAUGAAGAAGAAAAUAUUGAAUGGCUUGCUGAUGCUGGUUUCAUGAGAGAUGAUCAUGAACCUGCCUGCUUCAAUUGUAGGGGAAAGGGGCAUAUUACAAAGGAUUGUCCUCAGCCAAAAAGAGAAUUUGAGAAACCGGAACCUUUGAAAUGUCAAAACUGUGGAUCAUCUGAACAUUGGACAAACUUUAAAUGUGGAUCAACCGAUCAUCAAGCUAGAGAUUGCGAUAACGAAGAUAGUGAGAAACGAGAAAGUUUUCGUGGAUUUGGUGGCCAAACAUGUCACAACUGUGGUAAAGAGGGACAUAUUUCUCGGGAAUGUACUGAACCGAGAAAAGGCAGACGAAAAUGUUUUAAAUGCGGGGAUGAAAAUCAUUUAUCGAAAGAUUGUCCUACGGCUGGUGGUAGCGAAUAUGUAGAUAACUAUUCUCCUUCUCCAUGGGGUGCUAAAACGGACAAACCACAAACUGAAACGAACCAGCCCUGGGGUACUAAGCCUCAAACAGAUCCUUGGGGAUCUCAAGCAGCUGAAAAAUCACAAGGUGAAACCAAUUCAUCCUGGGGCACUAGAACUGAGCCUUGGGGAUCUCAAGCAGCUGAGAAAUCACAAGGUGAACCCAAUUCAUCCUGGGGCGCUAAAACAGAUAAACCUCGAACUGAACCUUGGGGAUCUCAAGCAGCCGAAAAAUCACAAGGUGAACCAAAUCCUUCAUGGGGAGCUAAAAAUGAUUCUAGGGGAUUUCAAACAGCUGAAAAAUCACAAGGUGAAAUAAAUCCUUCAUGGGGAUCUCAAGGAGCUGAAAAAUUACAAGGAGAACCAAAUUCAUCAUGGGGCGCUAAAACCAAUACCAAUAAACCUCAAACUGAGCCUUGGGGAUCUCAAGCAGCUGAAAAAUCACAAGGAGAAACAAAUUCGUCAUGGGGCGCUAAAGUCAACAAACCUCAAACUGAGCCUUGGGGAUCUCAAGGAGCUGAAAAAUCACAAGGUGAAACCAACCCUUCAUGGGGCGCUAAAAUCAACAAACCUCAAACUGAACCUUGGGGAUCUCAAAGAGCUGAAAAAUUACAAGGAGAAACAAAUUCAUCAUGGGGCGCUAAAGCCAACAAACCUCAAACUGAGCCUUGGGGAUCUCAAGCAGCUGAAAAAUCACAAGGCGAAACAAAUCCAUCAUGGAACAAACCUCAAACUGAGCCUUGGGGAUCUCAAGCAGCUGAAAAAUCACAAGGUGAAACAAAUCCAUCAUGGGCCGCUAAAGCUAACAAACCUCAAACUGAGCCUUGGGGAUCUCAAGCAGCCGAAAAAUCACAAGGUGAAACCAACCCUUCAUGGGGAGCUAAAACUGAUUCUUGGGGAUCUCAAGGAGCUGAGAAAUCACAAGGUGAAACGAACGCGCCAUGGGGUGCUAAAACCGAUAAACCUCAAACUGAGACUUGGGGAUCUCAAGCAGCAGAAAAAUCACAAGGUGAAAUGAAUGUAUCAUGGGGCGCUAAAGCCAACAAACCUCAAACAGAGCCUUGGGGAUCUCAAGCAGCCGAAAAAUCACAAGGUGAAACAAAUCUUUCAUGGGGUGCUAAAGCCAACAAACCUCAAACUGAGCCUUGGGGACCUCAAGCAGCUGAAAAAUCACAAGGUGAAACAAAUCCAUCAUGGGGUGCUAAAGUCAAUAAACCUCAAACUGAGCCUUGGGGAUCUCAAGCAGCCGAAAAAUCACAAGGUGAAACAAAUCCUUCAUGGGGAGCUAAAAAUGAAUCUAGGGGAUUUCAAGCAGCAGAAAAAUCACAAGGCGAAACAAAUCCUUCAUGGGGAGCUAAAGUUGAUAAAUCACAAACAGAUCCUUGGGGACCUCAAGCCGCUGACAAGUCACAAACUGAAGUGAGUUCGCCCUGGGGGGCAGCUCAAGCUACGGACAAGUUUGUCGAAGAACCACGCGGAAGAAAUAAUAAUCCUAGAGGGAACUUUACCAGUUCAAAUCAAUCUGAUACUUUAAAAUCUGAAGCUUGGUGGUGA